AUGACCUGUCUAUUGAGAGAUAAUGAGAGUACUGUGUCUGAGUUCAUCCUCCUGGGGCUCCCCAUUCGAGCAGAGGACCAAGGCCUGUAUUCUGCCUUGUUCCUGGCCAUGUACCUGACAACUAUGCUGGGGAACCUGCUCAUCAUCCUACUUAUCAGGCUGGACUCUCACCUCCACACCCCCAUGUACUUCUUCCUUAGCCACUUGGCCUUCACGGACAUCUCUUUCUCAUCAGUCACAGCCCCAAAGAUGCUCAUGAAUAUGCUGACACAUAGCCAAUCUAUCUCAUAUGCUGGGUGUGUUUCACAGAUGUAUUUUUACAUAGUUUUUGCUGAUCUUGAAAACUUUCUUCUGACAUCCAUGGCCUAUGACAGGUAUGUAGCCAUCUGCCAUCCUCUGCACUAUACUACCAUCAUGAGUCAGAGCCUCUGUCUUUUUCUAGUAGUUGUGUCUUGGGCCUUAUCUUCAGGCAAUGCCCUUGUGCACACCCUUCUCUUGGCUAAACUAUCUCACUUUAGAAACAAUACCGUUCCGCACUACUUUUGUGACCUCUCUGCCAUGCUGAAACUCUCCAGCUCAGACACCACCAUCAAUGAGUUGCUUAUCCUUACUUUAGGUACUAUGGUCACUAUCCCACCAUUCAUAUGCAUUCUGGUCUCUUAUGUCCGUAUAGGUGUCACAAUUCUGAGAACUCCCUCCAUCAAGGGAAUCUGCAAAGCCUUGUCCACAUGUGGCUCUCACCUCUGUGUGGUUUCCUUGUACUAUGGAGCCAUAAUUGCACUGUAUUUUGUCCCCUCAUCUAAUAACACUAAUGACAAGGAUGUCAUUGUGGCUUUGAUGUACACUGUGGUCACCCCCAUGCUGAAUCCCUUUAUUUAUAGUUUGAGGAAUCGGGAUAUGAAAGGAGCACUUAGAAAUGUCCUCAGUAGGAGACUGUGCUCACAAUGA